UUUUUUUACCCUUCUAGUUUCGGGCAACGCUUAUUUUCUCUCUUUUUUUUUAUUUUAUUUAUUUUGCUUUCCUAUUUAUCGUUCAUAUUCUUUUCUUUAUCUGUGAAUGGUUGAAAAAAUAUUCGAAAUCGACGAAACUCCUCUAACCAGAGAAAUUGUGACUUAUCACUUGGAACCGUCGCAGCGACUUGACUCUAUACGAAAUAUUAUCGCUCGACAAUACAAGCGCAAACAUUCUGAAAGUCUUUUGCAGUUGAAGAAACAGCAAUGCUCUUUAGAUCGUUGUCAUGGCGGUCUUCCUAGUCCGCCUGUAGAAAGUCCUCCGCCGGAUCAUUUUGAAUCUUUGACAAAUGACAAGACAUCUGUAAAAUAUGAGCCAUCCUUACCGUCAUCUCUACCAAUGGAACAAGUACAAGAAGCCAAGCCGUCAGCAGCGGCGACAAUAGCUCCACCGACCACUCCACCCUUGACAGAAGCCGAUAUUUUGGAGAAGUUGGAGAAAUUGCGAGAAGAGAAGCAUCGACUUUUCCAGCUAAUUAAACGCAUGGUGCAAGAGGAUUCCGCCAAAGCAGAGGAAGAACGUCGUCGAAUGUUGCAAGAAGAAGAAGAACGUAAAGCAAGGUUGGAAGCCGAAGCAGCGGUGAAAGCCGAAGCAGAAGCCAAGGCAGCAGCAGCCGAAGCAGAGGCAAAAGCAAAAGCGGAACUUCUCGCAGCAGCGAAAGCAGAAGCGGCCGCUAAAAUUAAGGCAUUCACAGCCGCCGAAGCAGAGAAUCAACAAAACAAAAGUCACUCCUUUCAGCAGGCCAACAAGAGAAACACGAGUCGAUGGUCGAGUGAUAAUUCAGCCGCUGGUUUUUACUAUAACCGUUCACCCUCUUUUUCCCGACCUUCGGCUGCAUCCUCAUCGUAUGUGGCCACUUCUCGGCCAUCGACCAUUCAUCGUUUCCACCGAACUCCUACGCAACCCUAUUCACGACCCAUGCAUCGAUCAUCCACAUCCGCAAAUCCAGCUGUAGGGACAGGUUUCCCCCAUUAUAAUCCUCAUUUUCAUCAUCAACAACGCUCACCCCUGUAUCGACCUUCACCUCCGCAUUACUAGCUUUCCCAACCUUCGAGUAUCAUUUAACUCUCACAUUACAUUCGAACUACAAAUUCCCAUCCCCUUUAACUUGCUCUUUCCCACCUCAUACUUUUUUUUUACUCUAUGUUAUUCUUUUUAUACAGCUCUUUCCCAUCCCCAUUGUUUUAUGAGCUUUAGCUGUGUUUUCUGUUGUUUCAAUUAUAAAGCAUAGUCUUGUAAUAUAGGUUACCUUAAUCUUAUUUUUCUUAUCCUUCCCAACAACUAAUGUUUAACAAGUAUCUCAUUAUUAAAUCCAUUAUUCAUUUUAAAGAAAAAAGAGGGCC